AUGCCGAAAUCAACGAUAACAACAAGAUCAGAAAGCGUCAAUGCUCCAUUCUCGGAAGCACAGUUGCUCGAAAUCGUUGAUGCAAAUGCACAGCUACCGCUGCAAGAUCUUGUGUCGGAAGUGGCCAACAAACUAAGCUCAAUAUCAUCAAAGCAUAAAUUUAUCAUCCAGUACACAUCAUUGAAAGGGCGUGAUGACAGGUCAUUUGAUUUGAAUAUCAGUACUGACUUUGUUGCCAGUUGGGAGCCCUCGAAGGAUGGCUGUGUUGUUGUCAAGCUCGAUUGGGAAAAGGAAGUAGCUGAAGUUUUGAAACUUCGCGGAAAUGAAGUCAAGGAGGCCCCUGAGGACGACUUGGUGGAUGACGUUGAGACAGAGAAGAACGACACCAGUGAGGAUUCAAAGCCUGGCAGUAAAGAUACACCACUCGUCACAAGUGGAUCAGAGGCAAACCAACUCAAUACAUUACUCAUUACUAUCUACUGGAUUAGUAUAUAA